AAAAAAGAAAAAAAAAAUCAAUUUUAAGACAGAAAACAUAAAAAUAACUAAUCAAAAAGGCUUUGUAAACACCCACCUCAAGGUCGUUUCAUUCCCACCUAUUGAACUUUUACAAACAUACACAACUGACUGCUUCCAUUCAUUAUCAUUAUCACUAUUACCAUCACCUACUUCUUUCCUUCCAAACCACACACACCUUCGGAGAAGAAAAUAUUCUUUUUUGAUAAAUUUAUAACGCGAUGAUAAUGCAAAAGUAACAUUUGGGUCGAAAAUUAUUACUUGGACACACCUAACUCACUACUAUUAAGGAAAAUUCAAAGACUUGUGUGUGUGUUUAUUUGUCUAAAAUUAAAGUCAAAAGAAUAUUAGACAGACAAGUGGCAAAAUAAGCUUUACAGGACAUACAUAGAACGGAAAUCGCCAUCAAAAUUUAUCGAAGAUCAAAAACAUAACAACAGAUAACAUACAGCCGUGUGUGUCUGUGUCAAUAUACACAUAAGCAAUUCAGCGAAAAAAAAAGAAAUAAAACAAUAAAAGAGUAUAGAAAAGUGUAUCGCGUUUAUAAACAAAAAGAAUGUAUGCGGCUGCAGGAGGGGCAUCAUGCCGUCAAGCACGCAAACGACAGGCACAGCAAGCAUCGAAGGACAAAGCAGCAAUACAGAAGGCAUUGAAAGAAAAACUAGCCGCUUCAAAGACUAAUCUUGCAGCAACGCCAACAAAAAGUAAACAGUUUCAUCAAUUACCGGCAACAUAUCUAAGAGCACCGCAUAGUAGUGUACGAAAAUUAAGCGCCGGAUAUACGGGUCAUAGCAGACUAUUACUACCAAUUAAUGAGCAAUCUGCACAACAGCAUUCACCUUCACAUCAACUGUUGUCUUCAUGUCAUCAUCAACAACAUGCUCGCACACCAUCAUUUGGACAUCGAGAGUUGAGACUGGAUGUAGAGCACAAAAAAUUAACAAAGUCAGCGACUGCAUCAUUUCCAUUAGUUUCGCAAGCAUCAACACCACCCGCAUCGCCACUAGGAACGAAUUUAUGUCCAUUUCAUCAUCUUCAACAUCAUAGUAAUAAUAACAAUAACGCUAUAAGUAAUUUUCAAAAGGAAAGUCAAUCAAAUUUAUUAUCAGUCCAAGUGCCACUGAACGAUGGAAUUAUUAUCACUCCUGCGACACCACUUCCGUCUCCCGGCAACAGUCUUGGUGGUUCGAAUAGAGAACAACAGGGAGAUCAACAGUUGAUGGCAUCUUUAAGUGAUUUACAUAAACCUAAAAUUGUUGAUGAUUUGCCAGAGUUUCCACUGGGUCGUGCUUGUUCUGUCUAUCGAAAUCGUAAAUUGGAAGCUGAUGAAGCAGCCAAUGAGCAACAGACUGUUAAAGUUAAUAUUACAAAUGAUGUGUAUGAACAGCAAAAGCAACAAUUUUUUAUCGGGACAUUGCCAAAUGGAAAUGCAGCAACAACUCAGCCAUGGAUAGAAACGGAUUACUAUGAUCCAGAAAAUCAAACCUGUAUUGAGUGUGCACAAGGUCGGCAAGCAUGGCUUGAACGUGGUCGACGAUGCAGUGUACAAGAUCCAAAUCAAGCUUCCUUUAAUCGGCGGUGGAUGAAAAGAAAUAGAGUACAAGAUGCUUCAAUUGGAGGUUCGUCAGACGAUGAAGAUCUUUUAGGUGUAAUCAGAGGCCCAAGUUCAUUUGCCAAUGCCUUCCUAUAUAUAGGUUUAGGAACAAUUUCUAUCGGUUCAAUUAUAUUUUUCGUAGGAACGGGAGAAAAAGGCUUUAAGACUCAAGAAUUGAGAUUGAUAGGGCCAGUAUUAGCAAUAAUUGGUGUUGUAUUUUGUGUGAUUCGUAUCCUGUUUUGCGUAUGUCCAUCACAUUGUAUUAGUAGACGUGAGCGUAAUAAAAAGAAUUCAAAGGUAGAUGCUGAUCAUCGGACUUCCCUCCUUGGCGACACUAAACGUGUAUCGAUAGCACGUGGCUCGUAUAUCAAUAGUAAAAUUCCAAUGUCAUCAUCACAAUCAUCCCAAUUUCCACCGAAAUCGAUAGUUAAAAAUAAAUCAUAUGAAGGUGUAGAGACAUUAAGACAAAUUGCAUCAACAUCAUUAUUUUUAGACAAGGAACAAAAAUCUAAUGCAAUUUCAGGAGGUGGAUUAUGUCAGACAAUACCGACAAUAAAGGAGCCAACGGAUGAAGGAAGCAGUAAUGCGUCGCUCAUAAAUUUAAUGCCACAAGCUAAUGAUGCAAUUCUAGAGCCGCCAAUUGAGAUGAUGAUGAAAAUGGAUACGCUUAAAGUCGAUACAUUAAAUGUCAUAGAUAUUCUUAGUUUAACAGAUUCCGAAACUGAACGCGAGAUACAUCAAAUUGAUAUAAAUCAGGAAGUAGUUAUUCCUCGAGUAGAACCAACAUCAUUAUUUAGUGACGAUGACGAUAAAUGCGAUGUUGGUGAUCUUAACGAAUUAAUCGAAGACGAAAGUCAAUUAGAUAGUGAUGGAAAUAAAAAGUCAACAGCAAUUAAUAAACUUAAUAGACAACGUACGUCAUUAAAUCAAUCGAAAGUAAAAGAUGCUGAUACAUUAUUGAUGGAGACAUCACUUAUGAUAAUUGAUCCUGCGCCUUUAUCACCACCACCGUUUUCACCACCACCAUUGCCGAUUAGUCCCAAUAUAGUAACGACAACGUUCAAUAUCCCAUCGACAUUAUCCCUAACGCUUCCUCUGACAAAUACGACUACAUCAUCGUCAGCAAAUGCUGCCAUUAGUGGUGAAAAUAGCACAGAAGAUAGACAACAUAUAUCAGCUUCGGAUGGGGGAUCAAGAAGACAUAAGCAUCAUCAUCAUCACCACCAUCAUCACAAAGGAUCAUCAUCGCAUAAACAUAAACAUUCUUCAAGCACUGGACGUUCAGCAUCUACUGAUGAACGAGGUCAACCAAUCAAGGAUAGUCAUCAAUUUACCGAAGCUGAAUUAGUUUUAAGUCCAUCAAAAUUAGGGCAGUAGUAAGAAUAAAUAAGAGAGUAAUUAUUAAAAAAUAAUAAAUUAAAGAAAAUACUUAACAUUACACUUAUAAUAAAUGAGGAAAUAAGUAUAU